AUGGUGGUAGCUAUUCGAGCUGCACUAAACCUCCAACAUGGUGGUGUGAGGGACUUCUACAUAUGUUCUCUUUCCUCAAGGCUUGUUUGCUGUAGUGUCUUGCCGAUAUGUUCAUUUGCUGAAUUCUGCUUUCAGACUGUGAAGACCUUACCUUGUUUCUGCAGGACUGUUGUCUACAAGGGUCAGCUGAAGCCCAAUCAGUUGAAGGAGUACUACUAUGCAGAUCUUGGCACUGAAAGGUUUACAAGCUACAUGGCCCUGAUACACUCUAGGUUCUCAACUAACACAUUUCCGAGCUGGGAUCGUGCUCAGCCUAUGCGUGUCUUGGGCCAUAAUGGGGAAAUUAACACACUCCGGGGAAAUGUAAAUUGGUAA